UUGUGUGUGUCAAUGGGCUCUAAAGUAAAUAUUAAAAUACAGCAUAAUUUUCUUAAAAAUGAGUAAUUGUGUUGUGGUACCCUGGGUAAAUACAGAGGAAUGGCUUAAAGUGAUGAAUUUAAUAUAUUCAGAGAAUCCUGACGAAAAUGAAGCACUAAAAUGGUUGUUGUUAUGGAAAGCACGAUGUCCUUCCUUGCCGUCAGGAAUAGAAUCUACUUUAAUAUUACUGCAAGUCCAUAUUCAAGACUUGAAUAGCCCCGAUGAUAAUGGAAAUGAUCAUGUGCUUCGUUUGGCAUAUUCAUCUGCGAUUAUGCGAUUUAUAAAUCACAUGUUAGAUGUAUCCAUAACUAAGGAAAACACAUUAUCUAAAGCCGCGAAAAAUGUAGGUAUUCCAGAUUGGAUAGUGGAAUUGAGACAUGACACUGCCCACAAUAAUAAUCUGCCUUCAUUGUCCCUGCUCAGAGAUGCAACGCAAUUUGGGCUUGAUUGGCUAAAGUCAAAUUAUUGGAAAGAACAUAAACUUCUUAUAACAGACUAUAAAUCAGGCAGACAAGAAACAGAUAGCCAAGAAGAAACUAGAGUAAUGAUAUUAGUGAAUUUUUGCAUUUCAUUAAGUAUUUGCUCUAAUUCUGAAUGCAAAAUUAAAACUUUGGCUGACAUAGUGGAUGUUGAUAUGCGAGAUUCGAUCAUAAAUGAUGCAAGGGAUUUAAUUGGUGAUAAAAUUGAGCUAAGCAAUCUUCGACAAGUUACUAUUUCAACAUUGAUUGAUAAAAUGAACUAUCAUGGUAAAUUUUUAUUAAAAAGUAAAAAUGCACGAAAAUAUGUCAACAAAGCUUUGCUUGGUGAUGAGUCUUUGAUCUUGUCACUAGAUACAUUUAACUAUUUUGGUACACAGCCUCAGAAACGUCAUCUAAAAUUGAAAAAAAAGUAUAUCCAUUGUUUUGAAGUACUAAUCAGGUGCCUACAUUUAAAUGAUUUGCUUCUUGAAUUUAUAAUGGGACUUAUCAAAAUAAGUCAGGAGAGUAAUGAGCAACGGGCUAAUUUAGCAGCUUUGUGGAUCUCUGAAAUUUUCAGUGCCUUCAGAAAAAGAAAUCAUAUCUUGAAAAAAAUGGAAAAAAAUAAGUAUCAAGGGCACAGGACGCAUGAGGAACUGAAAGCCUUAUACCGCCACUGGUUUCCAAAUUAUAAAAGUGGCAUAGUGUUUGAUUUGAAUAAACCAAUCCCAAUGGAAUUGCAAAAUAUUCACUUCAUUCAGCCUAUAAUUUCGACUUAUAAUCCAUUUCUCAAUUACUUUGUAAAGGAAAUCUUACAUUUAGUAGAACCACCAUUGCCAGAUAUUGUUACAAAUAAAAUAUGCGAGUUGGCAAAGUUAAUAUCAACACCAUUGCAAAAUUUUGUAACAUCAUCCUCCAGAAUUUACACAAUUGAUGAUAUUAAAUCAUCACAAGACACAAUAGAUUUGACUGAAAGCCUUCAAAAUGAACAAGAACUAAAUGAAUGCAAAUCUAAGGGUACAUAUCAAGGUAAUGGAAUAUGGGAAUUAGUUUCAGAUCAUUUUCAGUGGUCUGCUUGCCCUAUAGGAAAAUUACCCUGCUCAUAUGUUGAACAAAUGGAAACAUAAAUACAGAAUGAAAAUAAAUAAAUCA